UCCCUCCCCCUUCACCAUCAACUCCAAUGGCUUACUCCUCCAAAACUGCAUUUUUUGCCUUAGCCACCAUUGCCAUUUCCAUGGCUAUCCCAACCUUUGCCACUGUCCACACUGUUGGCGACACCGCUGGUUGGUCCACCGGCGUCGACUACCCCUCUUGGUCCUCCGGGAAAAUCUUCACCGUAGGCGACACAUUGGUGUUCAAUUAUGGGGGUGGGCACACGGUGGACGAAGUGAGUGCUAGCGAGUACACCUCUUGUACGGCCGCCAAUUCCAUUAGUAGCGACAGCUCUGGCGCCACGUCCAUCACUCUCAAGAAGCCUGGCACUCAUUACUUCAUUUGUGGUGCAUUUGGUCACUGUGGCAACGGUAUGAAGCUAGCGGUCACAGCUGCCGAAGCUGGAGGUCCCCCCUCUAUAGCCUCAGCUCCCAUUGGUGAUGGACUUCCACCGUCCGAAGCGCCAAGUUCUGUUGGAGCUACUGCUCCUGUGACGCCAUUGGUUGGUGCUACUCCCAAAGAUGCGGACUCCUCAUUGGUGAACUCUCCCACGUCUAAGGUUCCCGUGGAGGCAUCUUCCGCUUGUGGCGCCUCUGCGUUUGCAGCCGUGGUUUGCACUUGGGGCGCCGCCACCCUGGGCUUGUUGGCUGCGCUUUAGGAUGCUCACUAUGUAGUGUCUUUUGUGAAAAUUCAUCUUUUGCUUGGGUUGUUUUUUUUCUUUGUCGUGUAUUUGUUUCCCUAAAUUAAUUAUUA